AUGGACGCAUUUCAGUUGAGCAACUUGAAAGUUGGGAAAAGAAGCAUGGUUAACAGCAUUACGAAGACGCUUCGCACUCUCGAACUAUGCGUCGCUCUCUUCUUCCUCUUGUGGUUCCUCACGCGCCUCCCUUUAGCUCUGCGACUCUCCGCCGACUACCUCCGCAAUCCUCUCGUCGUCUUCGCCGUCUUCAACGCCAUCAUCGCCACCCUCCUCGCUCAGUCCCGCCGAUUCGCGCAAUCCGUUUCUGAUACUUCGGUGGCAGAGGAAGAGCAGUACCAGAUCGGUGACACAUGUGUGAACAGUGAUUCAGACGUUGCAGCAGAUCACCUUGAUACGAGAAAAGUUUAUUACCGGAGUUUGUCGGAGGGAAAGGGCGAGGAUGGGUAUAAGACGGCGGGACGAGAACUCCAGCGAUCGGAGACGGAGAAGGCGCGAGAAAAAUCGUAUCCGCAGGAUAAGCUGAGCAACGAGGAGUUCCGGCGCACGAUAGAGGCGUUCAUUGCAAAGCAAAUGAGGUUGCUGCGGGAAGAGUCGUUGGCCAUUUCGCUUUGUAAUUAA